UCCAACGACGAUCCCCUAGCUGCAGUUGUGAGACUUAGCUUUGGACGUUCUCGUCGAAUUUUGAAACUCUCUUCUCCUUCGUUUCCCGGUGCAACAUAAUAUUUUUACACCAAGUUUACAAGUCAGAAAAUAAAAUGAGCUUAUCAACCUACGAUAAGGGAAUGCAGCAGUCCACUUUUAACAACAAAAAGUCUUACGCUGCUUUCCUGAUCGACAGACCUUUCAAUGAAGAAGACAACUUGAAGGCCCUCUUAAUGAACUGUUUGCGCUAUCGCCUCCAGAUAGUACGGAAUUCGGAAACCGGUACAGGAGGUAAUACCCAUGAUACUGAUUCUGAAAAUGAUUUAGAAAAAGCUUUGCGCGAGCUAGAUCUUAAUUCGCCUUCAUCGUUCAAUUCUUUAUUAACUGCGGAAGACAAUGAAAGCACCACUAAUUCUAAAGUGACUAGCCAUUACGAUACACUAUUGCAACUCAUCGACGAAUUUGACGCAACCGGCGCUGCUGAGAUUUUCCGUCUGCUGCUGGAACGAAGAGCUGCCAUCCCUUUGUUCGUUCCCAAAUCCAAGAAGCAUUAUUUGAGCUUGCUAAGCCAUAUAACCUUGCCCAGGAUCGACAAUAUCCGUUUGAGUGAGGACAAGUCCUUGUCGCGCGUUGCCGUGAUUUCCUGCCGUCAGAGAAAGCAGAGUCAGACAUGCGACAUUCUGAAAAGCAUUUUCAACAUUGACAGCUUCCAUUUUCUCGAUUUGGCCACGAGCAACAUUUCAUCGGAAAGUAUGCUGGCCGAAAUUGGGUGUGGCUGCAUAGUUUCUGAUGAUCCUAAAACUAAAACUAAAAAAAUUCAAAACGUGUUGGUCGUGCACGUCAUGGGAGAUUUCAGGCCGCUUUGGUCAUUUCUACGUCGUUUUGCCGAUAUCUUUUUGAUUGAAGAUUCGACAAUUGAAUCAGAGUCAUUUUUCAAAGCAUUUAUGACGGAAGAAAAAAAACUGGAAUUGGAUUCACAAGAUGCUUCACUCGGAGUAGAGAUGCACAAGUCGAUUAGUUGCCUUUGGAAACCGUCAGACGGAACGGCAAGAAAAAAAGAAAUAAAAACAGUGAACGGAUUCCUUCAUUUCUACAUACAAGACCAACUUUCUGAUACUUUUAAACUCGCAUUCAAGUCGGAUAUCGUGACUUGUAUGGAUAAAACGUUAACUUCAAACGCCGACUUUGCAAAAAAACGAUUGAAGUUGUGCGAUGUUCCCAUAUUAAAAGCUGAAGGAUACCGCUCUCUGGAGUGUGUGUCACCGACCAAAAUCGAAUCAAAUAUUAACAAAUCAGUCAUCGGAUCAUUGGGAAAUGUGAAGAAAACUGAAUUUGUCCUUCAGAAAAGCUUUAUGCAAGAAGCGAAACACCACGAGUCGAAAAUGGAAAACCGAUUGAAGGAAGAAAAGGUGCAUGAAGAAGACGGGAAGAUCAAAGUAAUUCGUAAACAACGCCGCGAUGACACCCGUCAGGUUGAAAAAAACUCUUUACUCCGGUUGUUUCUCAGUCUUCUUGAGACUAAAGACCCUUGUUCCCGCGUUUUAUCCAUUCGGGUUUUAGAGAAAGAAUUGGCCAAACGUGGUGAACAGGAACUUGGUGAAUUAUUCAAAGAGGUAGAGAGUUUAUCGGUUUCGUAUCGUGAUAAAUUAUUAAGCAAUGCUGAUGAAACAGAUUUGCAUUCAGUCGCAAAGAAUCUUCGUUCCGCUAAAACCAACUUGAUUGAAAAUGUACUCGGCAUCGAACAUUUGUGGAGAGAGUUGAGUCAUCUCUACGUGGAUAUGGAACCGGAACGACGGUCGCCGGCAAUAAAAAACAUCCCUCGGCUGGCCGCUCAGCACUUAAUGGACGGAUUCUGCCUUGAACUACUCGACGGCGAUUCCAACAUUAUCCGCACGGAAUGGAUAAAAGAAGUUGUGCACCAACUGGGGUCGUUGAUGGAGGGAAAACGUCUCUUUAUCUUGUCCGUCAUGGGUGUCCAGAGCAGCGGAAAGUCGACAUUGCUCAACACAAUGUUCGGCAUCCGAAUGAGAACCAGCGUCGGCCAAUGUACCCGAGGUGUCAACAUGCAACUGCUGGCCGUCGAGGGUCGUCCGGAGUACGAUUACAUUUUGCUACUGGACACGGAAGGGACUCGAUCACCAGAAUACCACGGUCUGCCCGGCAGCGAAAAAAGAGACAAUCAAAUGGCAACUUUGAGCAUCUUAUUAUCAGACGCGACCAUCGUCAUCAUGCCAGGAGAAAACGACGCGGCCGUAAAAGAAAUUUUGCCGAUUGUUUUAAUGGCCUACCAAGGAUCUAAACUGGCAGAAGACAACGGUGGCCGGCUCAGUUCCAGGAUGUUCUUCGUUUACAAUAGGAUCGACACCAGCCAGAAGGACAAGUUGGGCAAUAUCAUUCAAAAUCUUGGAACUUCACUUUAUGAAGCUUUUAAUCAAGUCCAAAAAUUGAAUGGAAUUUCUACUAAUUUGAAAUCGGAAAAUCCGUUUGCGGAUUUUAAAUUUGACACAACUGACUCAUCCGAAAGUGACGUUUUGAUUUUAGGAAACGUCAAGAAACAUUCGCAACCUCCAGGCGAUGUGCCAGAUGAAGAAUACGGCAAAGGGUUAAUCCAGUUUCGGGAACAUAUCCACCAACGAGUAACAAAUGCAAAGGGCGGUAAUAUGUUCUGGAAAAGUAGAUCCAUCUACGAGUUUUCCGAUUACACGGAAAAGGUCUGGAAGUGCAUCAUUUCAGCCAAUUUCAUCUUCACUUUUGCCACGGUGCUGGAACACGCUACGUUUGACCAAUUUGAUUUAGAGUACAAAGAGGUUGAACGAAAAUUAGCUGAAGCCUACGAAAAGUCCUUCGAAAACAUUAGAAAACGAAUGAUAAAAUUUAUCGAAGAAAAAAAUUUAUUUUUAUGUUCAACUUCCAUGAGAGGUCAAGACGGCCAAAUUCAAGGUAGCAAUCCAAAUUCUUCUGUUUCUUUUGACUCCUUUCGAACUUCGCUUCGUGAAGAGAUAGUUCCAGUUAAGCAGAAAUUAGACAGAGAGGUCGACGAAAUGGUGAAAAAAGAAGGUCGAGAAAAAUGGAGUCGCCAGUUUAAAGAAAUAUGGAAAAAUAACAAGAAAGAUCAAGACUUAAACUGGGAAUGUAAUCUGUUGAACACCUUUAAUAUGUUGUUUCAUUACGAGUAUCACGUGGAGAAAUAUAAGAAGAAAAUGCGCACUGAAAUCAAUAUGCUCUUUAAGUCAUCAACGAACUCAUGGACAGAAGAAAAAAAGAAUAAAAAAUUCGAAGAGAUGUUCAGAAGCAUUUUGACUGAAGCGAAAAACGAGUUUCCUCCAAAGGACGUCCAAAGUAAAAUUCAGACAGUAUAUCAAAAUAGCAGAGUGUUUAACAGCAGGCAAAUUAAAAUAAAUUGGGAUGUUGAACCUUUUGAAGCUAAUCAGUCAAAGAAAGAAGAAGAUAAAAAGUCAGAUUUGAUUUCAAAACUUACCGAACAAUGGCAGGGCCUUAUCGAAUAUUUCAAAGGGAGAAAAAAAUUGCCGCCGGGAAACUCUGUUACGAUGACAGCAUCAUUUCCAAUGUUAUCCGCGAGGUAG